CAGGGUCUCCGUUGCCCACCGGCUUCCCGCCAUUCUGGUCAUUCCCUUGUGCAACUGCGUCCCGCCCAUUUCUUGGCCUAAAUAUGCCCGCCGGCAGUCACCAUGUAUUCACUUCUCAAGUCAUCCCCCUCUCCCUGGCCUCGCUCAAGACGGCGUGUCAUCCUGGCAUUCCUGGCCGUACUGGCGGUCCUGAUAGGGGCAACAGGCGUGCGGUACGUCGUAUGGGGCGCUCGGUUUUCCUACCAGACCUAUCCCUUCGUCUCGGUAGCGGACGACGCUUGCAACGACGGCACCCAUAACGCGAGGGCAGGGAAUCCUCCCAUCCCGAAUCUGGUCCACUAUGUCUGGCUCUUGAAGGACGCGGCCGAGUUCCGCCUGAGCUUCAAGAUUUUCAUCUCCUUCUACUCGGCCCACAUCUUCUGGCGUCCCGAGCGCAUCUACAUCCACACCGACGCAGCCCCGGAAGUCAUCCAGCGGGCCAGACAGUCCGGCACCCCGUGGACGCGGCGUAUCCUCGCCAUCCCGGGGGUCGAGUUCAAGCAUGUCGAAGUGCCCCAGCGAACGCGAAAGGGAGUCGAGAUCAAGGCGAUGGAGCACAAAGCCGACUUCCUCCGGCUGGCGGCCCUGCGCGAGUACGGCGGCGUGUACCUCGACACGGACGCCAUCCCGCUCCGGGACAUCGCCGACCUGCGCAACAGUGGCUUCCGCAACAUCGUGGGGCCACAGCUCGCCCCGGCCAUGUGGUUGGCCCACAUCCUCAACAACGGCGUCAUGAUGGCCGUGCCGCACAGCAACCUCAUGACCCUCUUCUACCACGCAGCUCACGAGUUCUUCGACGGUGGGUGGGAGACAGCCAGCCUCGGGCUGCUGACCGACCUCGGCAACCGGCUCGCCGCCCUCCCGGGGGAGGUGCUCAUCCUGCAGCCGCAGGCCUUCAGCCCCAUCAGCUGGCACGACAACGACCAGCGUCGGCUGUACCAGGAGACGCUGGACCCGACCACGGCGCCGAGCGUGGCCAGCCUGCAGCGGGAGCAGGACCUCCUCCAGGUUGCUGCCCCUGUUAACAGCAAUACAUCGUCAUCGUUAUCGUCGCCGUCGUCGUCGUGGUCGACAUCCGGGACCUGCCCCGACGUGUUGGCCUGGCUCAGAUACCGCGAGGCGGUCCUCCGUAGCAGCGGGCAGGGCCGGGACAGGGGCGAGUUUGACCUGUCAAGCUCGUACGUGCUGCACGCGUUUGACGGCGUGCUGGAGCAGGUGCUGGGCCGGGGGAGGGACAUCGACGUGCGCUACGUGCUGGAGAGGCGGAGCAACUAUGCCCGGGCCGUGUUCCCGGCCGUGUGGCGGGCGGUGCAGGAGGGGGUUUUUCCGAGGGAGGAGGUAGAGUGAUCCGUGCCACGGAGGAGGCCUUGGGGGUACUGGGGAAUGCUUCGGGUAGUUUAUCAGGUGAAGGCAUUGUCGUGAUGUGGGUUGGGGGGAGGCGGAUUUGCAUGGGCAUAUAAUUAUAGAAUAUGGAGGAGGCCUGGAGAGAGAGUUGGCUCAAGGAACGAGACGGCCGGACAGCAACGAGGCCCGCAGAUGACCUUGACCACCAGCACGAGACUCUGUUCCAAGACAAAACCCUAAGGAGACACGACGGCCUCAGCAGAGCGAAGAGUUCACUGUUGAUCCAGAU